AUGCUACUCCUACCAACCUCGGUGACCGCCUCGGUCGCAUCUUCCAGCAAGCUGACGCUUACUCGCGCCGCAUGCUCCCCGCCAACAAGCCGAUUCAGCAAAAUACAGCGACCCGUCGGCUUGCUAGACAGGCGCUAUACCGCCUCUGCCCGUCGGCCCAGUUGGCCUGCUCGGCAUCGAGCAACUCCUGCCAGCCAUUCGCCUACUCAAGCACGCUUCUCCUCCACCCGUCCGCGAGCCAAUUCCAGCAAAAUCCUUCGAGCUCUGCCAAGGUUGAGUUCAGGCUUGACGCUGGUCGGUGGCACGUUGGCGCUGCUUUUGGCUCUAUGCGCCUCAUCGCAGAACAACAAGGUGCACUCCGACUCUUCUUCCCUCUCAGCCAUCCCUCUCUCCACUCCCUCCUCCUCUCUUCCACAAUCGACCAAAAGAACAGACAUUUCCACUGGCGAGUCUCUGCCCAGAUUGCUUCUCUCUCCAGCCACGAAUGAAAAGCUGCAUUUGGUGGGGCUGGGAGUGAGGACGGUGAGCUUUUUGAGAGUGAGGGUGUACGUAGCUGGGCUGUACGUCGAUGGCAAAGGUCUGGAUAGGGCAAAGAGGCUCCUGGGAAGCCAGGGCAAGGAAGAGAGCACAGAGGCCGUGCUGAGACAGUUGUUGCUGGGUGGAACAGAAUGUCUCAUCCGCAUAGGUGAGUACGAAGGGUCCGUGCACUGGCAUUGCUGCAAGGCUCUCUCUGCCUUCCGAACGAGCUUUCGCCGCUUUUCAAGCCGACGCUGAGCGCUCUACACUUCUCUUGACCCGCUUCAGUUCCCGUGCGCAAUACCGACAUGUCACACUUGCGAGACGGAUUUCUGCGCUCAUUGCAAUCGCGGGCCAAGCUAGCUCGUCGUUCGGGCAGUCUGAAUGCAACAGACGAGCACCUCCUCGAUUCAGCCUUGGAUUCACUGCGUUCGCUCUUUCCCAAGGCUUCGGUGGCAAAGGGCCAAUCUUUGGACCUGAGAUUUGCCGGGGCUAGUAGGAUGGAUGUGCUUUUUAAGGGAAAGAGAUUGGGCGCUGUGGGAGAGAGACCCGCUCCUACUGGCGUGAGGGGGAGGGAUACGGACGACACCGCCUUUGAUAGGUGGGCAGGCAUCGGAGAGCUGCUCUUGGCCUAUGUGGCCGAAAAGGGCGAAAUUUCAGCGCCGGUGAGUCAGCGAUUCUCUUCACACUGCCUUAUCCGGCAACUGUCCGAAGCUUCAUUGAGACUCAUGCCAUGCCCGAGUACCAUCUUGUCGUUACAGAUCAAGCAAGACAUCGAAGUCAACCUCCAGCACUUGGCGCAGAAAGGCUCUCUGCCGAUCGAAUAG